CGAGGGGUCGUGUCUCCCAGCCGUGCGCGUGGUGUCCUGCGGGGCUCCCCCAGCGGGAGGCUGCGGGCGGGGAGCGCUGGAGCCGCUGUCGUCGGGAUAGCGAAGAGGCUGAAGGCGCGGGGCCGCCCCCGCUGCUCCCUUUUGUUCUGCCCCCGCUCCAGGGAGCCGUGCCAGCCCGCGGGUGUCGGUCUCCACCCAUCACCUCCGCUCUUCCAGGCUCAUCCCUCGCCGUGCCCCCACGAGGAUAAGCAGGUGCGGGGCGUGAUGCUCCAGGUGAUGCCCUGCAGAUGGGGAUGGGAUAGGGAUGGAGCCUGGAGCAUGUCACGUCCUUUGGGGCAUCUGUCCCCAGCCCUGAAAUCCUCCUGCAUAAAUAGGAGGGGUUCAAGCCCCCCCCAGGCCCAGCGCCUGUUGGUCUUACGUGGCAUGUGAAUGGGAGUGCUUCUCAUUUCCCUUUUCUGCAGCCCCUUCUGCUUUGUCCUACCCAUUGCCCAACAGCGCUGUGUGUUCCCUCUAGUUCUGGAACCAGUGCCCAUCACAGCUCUCAGCGUGGGAUUGGCCUCAGAAUGAGGCCGUGCCCCAUGCUCACAACUGGGGAUAGAUGGUACAGCCUGUACGCCCGCACGCGCCUCGGCUUCCUCUUCUACAAGCGGCAGGUGAAGAAGGCCCGCGAGCGCUUCCCCCACGGCCACUCCGUGUCCCAGCCCCUGGGCUUUCGUGGGGUGAAAAUUGUGCCCAUCCCCGUGCUCUCCAAUAACUACAGCUACCUGGUCAUCGACACAGACUCUGGCCGUGCAGCCGUGGUUGACCCCUCCGACCCACUGGCUGUGCAGGCUGCCAUUGAAGAGGAGGGGGUGAUGCUGGAGGCUAUACUCUGUACACACAAACACUGGGACCACAGUGGAGGGAACGCAGCACUGCUCCAGCGGCACGGCUCCUGCAAGGUAUAUGGCAGUGCCAUCGAUGCCAUCCCUGAGCUCACCCAGCAUAGCCCUGUUGGAGACAAGGAGAAGCUGAGCGUGGGCUGCCUGACUUUCGAGGCGCUGGCCACACCAGGCCACACCGUGGGGCACACGGCCUUUGUGCUGGAUGCGGGGCCCUUUGGGGGCCCCCCCUGCCUGUUCUCCGGGGACCUGCUCUUCCUGGCCGGCUGCGGAAGGCUGUUCGAAGGCUCCGCUGAAACCAUGCUGGCCUCCCUGGAUGCAGCCGUGGGCUUGGGAGAGGACACGCUGCUGUGGCCGGGCCACGAGUACGCGCUGGAGUGCCUGAGCUUUGCCCGCCUGCUGGAGCUGGACAACCCCGCGCUGGAGCAGAAGCUGCUCUGGGCCACGCAGCAACGACAGGAGAAGAGGAGCACGUGCCCCUCGACGCUGGGCGAGGAGCGGACCUACAACCCCUUCCUGCGCACGCACCGCCGGGAGCUGCACGAGGCGCUGGGGCUGCAGCGGGGCAGCGGGGAGCACCACGAUGCCUUCCGGGCCCGCGUCCUGCGGGAGGUGCGCAGGAGGAAGGACCUCUACAAGGCCACCUAGUGAUCUCCCCCUCCACCUCGUGACCCCCCCCUCUGGACGUGGGGGCUUUCUGGACUGUGAUUUUCUGCUGUGAAUUCCCCUCCUCCUCUGUCCUGCUGGGAGGUACAGGGAAAGGAUGGACCCCCCCACACUCACACAGCCCAUGUGUGCACCUCAUAGGUGGUCCCUCCCCCUGCCCCUUCUCACACCACACGAUCCCUUCUCCGGGGGUCUGCAACCCCCCCCUGCCCCACUUCUGGGGCUGUAGGGACAGCACUAAGGGCUCUCCCUAUUUCCCUCCCCCUGUUUUAUGGGAGACUCCAGUUCAACCCCCCCACAACCCACCAGCGCUCAGGGAAUCCCCCGUUUCCCUCAUUACUGUGUCUCCCUUUUGGAGGUGGAGGAUCUUGGAGGGAGCCUGGGUGCCCAGCAUUGCCCUAGGGCUCCCCCAAGUCCUAUCCACCCCCCAUACACUGGGAUGGGGGGCACAGUGCUGGGGGUGUGCAGGGAGUACUGCUGUACUGAGGACUGGAUGCCCCCCUACCCCCCCAAAUAAAAAAGUCUGGAUCGGAUUUGUGCCCA